AUGCUGGGGCGUGUCCUCUACGAGACGCGUUACCCACAUGUCAUCUUUGUGCGAGAGAAGGUGUGCCGCUUUCACGACGUACACGUGGGCGCCAACAGGGCACCCGUCACGUCGCAGUCCGUUGUGGUGCACCACCUGCGAGAGCACGAGUACGCGCAGCUCGCCCACCGCUUCCACGGCGAGGAUCGCGACGCGGUGACGCCGAUGCGGUUUGAGCGGCGCGCAGGGCCGAUGGGAGUUGUGGGCGAGGCGCUGUACACCUACAACUGUUGA